UAUUCAACUGCAAGAGUUGAAUGUGAAACGAAGUGAAUGAGUAGUGAGUGAGUGCAGCAUAUAAUAAUAAAAAAUAUAUUUAUAAAGAAGAAAAAUCUAUACAAUUGGUAUUACAAAAUAAAAAAGAAUUUUUUUUGAAAGCCAAAACAAAAAAAUUUAAUUUAUUUUUAAGUCGAAAACGCGAAAUCUCCUCUAAACUUCUUAAGUAAAGACUAAACGAGCAACAAACAUGUUAAGUCUAGCCCGUACAACUCAAGCCAGUGUUAAGCCCCAAGUGGCCGCACUUAUUGGCAAACAUUCACUAAACCCCAAUAAUCUCAUGACAAAAUCUCGUAGCAUAAGUUCUGUGGUACCCGAUACAAAUUUACCCGAUUUUCCCACAGCCAAUGAACCCAUACUCGAAUAUAAAAAGGGAUCUGCCGAACGUAAGGCACUCGAGGCAGCCCUUAAGAAAACAGCCGCCACCUGUGAAGAUGUACCAAUUGUAAUUGGUGGCGAAGAAAUACGCACCGAUCAGGUGAGACAUCAGGUGAUGCCACACAAUCAUCAACACAAAUUGGCUAAAUUCUAUUAUGCCGAUGCGAAUAUUGUUAAGAAAGCCAUUAAGACCGCUGUCGAAACACAGCCCAAAUGGGAUCGUACUCCCUUGAGUGAACGUUUGAAGAUUUGGGAGAAGGCCGCCGAUUUAAUGGCCGGCAAAUAUAGACAGGAAUUAAAUGCAGCCACCAUGUUGGGUCAAUCGAAAACUGUUAUACAGGCAGAAAUCGAUUCAUCGGCUGAAUUAAUCGAUUUUAUUAGAUUAAAUGCUUUCUUUCUGAAGGAAUGUGCUAAAUACCAACCUAUUAGUGAAAAUAUUAAAGUAACCAAAAACUCUAUGCGUUAUCGUGGUAUCGAUGGUUUUGUAGCCGCCGUUAGUCCUUUCAAUUUCACAGCUAUUGGUGGCAAUUUGGCCUAUACACCAGCUUUAAUGGGCAAUGCUGUUUUAUGGAAACCCUCUGAUACCGCAGUAUUAUCAAAUUGGCGAAUCUUCAAUAUUAUGCGUGAGGCUGGAGUACCCGAUGGUGUUGUUAAUUUUGUACCCGCUGAUGGUCCAGUAUUUGGUGACACCAUCACGGCUUCACCCCACUUGGCUGGUAUUAACUUUACCGGCUCAGUACCCACUUUCAAUCGCUUGUGGAAACAAGUGGGCAGCAAUAUCGAUAAAUACAUUAACUUCCCCCGUUUAAUUGGUGAAUGUGGUGGUAAGAAUUUCCAUUUCGUACAUCCUUCGGCUGAUAUCGAAACAGUUGUAACGGCCACUAUACGUUCGGCAUUUGAAUUUUGUGGUCAAAAAUGUUCAGCCUGCUCUCGCAUGUAUGUGCCCGAGUCCUUAUGGCCUAAGAUUAAGGAAGGUCUCAUUGCCGAGGCCGCUAAAUUGAAAAUCGAUGAUGUUCAAGACUUCUCAACAUUCACAUCAGCCGUUAUUGAUGAUAAAGCAUUUAAACGUAUUACUUCCUAUAUUGAACAUGCCAAAAAGAGUCCUAAUUUAGAAAUUAUUGCCGGUGGCACUUACUCGGAUGCCAAGGGUUAUUUCGUUAAUCCCACAAUUGUACAGACCACAGAUCCCAAGGAUAAGAUAAUGGUUGAGGAAAUCUUUGGACCCGUCUUGACCGUUUACGUUUACAAAGAUGCCGAUUUGAAUAAGACUAUGAAUUUGGUGCCCACUUCAACGCAGUUCGCUUUGACUGGAGCUGUGUUCGGAAAGGAUGAAUCAUUCUUGAAACAAGCUUUAGAAGAGUUCAAAAUGGCUGCUGGUAACUUCUAUAUUAACGAUAAAUCAACUGGUUCAGUUGUAGGUCAACAACCUUUCGGUGGUGGUCGCAUGUCGGGAACCAAUGACAAAGCUGGUGGUCCCCACUACAUCUUACGUUGGACUUCUCCCCAGGCAAUUAAGGAAACAUUUGUGCCCCUGCGUGAUAUCAACUAUCCUUAUAUGAAAGAAUAAACUCUAAAAUAAAUUAAACUAUUUAAAUUAAAUACAAAAGUAAUCUCAACAAUAAUAUUUGUAACGUUUGUUAUAUAAAAAAAUAAUAAUAUUUUAAUGUAGAAAAAAAAAACAAAGUUUUGAAAAACAUAUACCACAUUGAUAUCUUAACUGAAAACACUCUACAUUUAUAUGUAUGUACUAAAAAAACCAUAGUCCUAAAUAUCGAAUAUUUUAUUUAAAAUUUUAAUAAAAUUUAUAUUUUUUUUGUUUUUUUUUAAUGUUAAAUAUUAAGCAAACUAAAAACAAAUUAUAAUAAAGAAUUAACCAAAACAAUAAGCAAUUAGUCGAAAACCUAAGAAACAUAAUUUAAAUAAAAAUAUUUUCAUUUAUAUAAAUUAAUAAUGGA